AUGCAGUCAGCGUAAGACCUAUCAUGUCGCGUCCGUCUUGAAUACGGUAAUGAUAAGAAUGCCGCUCGGUCUCGCCCUCCGCUUUUCCCGUCGUUUGCACGUAACUCGCCCACAUUCAAAACGAAUGUCUCAGAAAACGCGGAAUCCUUUUGCAACCCUCUUGCAUCCUUCCUGACAAUUGUAAAUUUCUCCGUCCAUUCGUCACAUUCUCCCGUUCUAUUUCUGUCGAUUCUCGUGAUUUGGCCGAAUGUGUUCAAUCUGAUUCGUAGUCUUAAAACUCUUUCUUUCGGCUCAAGUCUUUUAUCUUUUGUCUUCGUCACGCGAGCUCCGCCCUUUCAGUCGCCGCGCCAUAGCACCGAAAGGGGCGGGGCUUGAGGUAAAAGAAAGAAAGCCGGACGGAGAGAGCUCUUGGUCACGUCUAUCAUCGUCUCAUUCUUUUCUCGUUUUCCAUUAGGAUGACCGUAGUAGUUUUUUCAGAAGCAACUGCAACCCAUCGCCUGGUCUUCGGCAUACUUCGACUGCUUCCAAGGUAAGUGAGCAUACCACACUAUCCAUAUCUUCUUGUUCUCUUCUAAUCAAUUUUAAAUAGUAAAGGUUUCAAACAUUACCGAAUUGAAAGCAGGAUACCGUAGUAAUGUCAGGUGCUAAUCAAAUGUCAACUAUAUCCAACUCUGAGAUCAUCGGUAUUAGUUAAUCCUAAUCCUAAUAGGAUUGAAUUAGAGAAGAAGAAAUGCUUCUCCAUUUUGAAGCUAGCAUGAAUAAGCUCUGAUGAACUUAGCUACCCGGAAGUGGUAAUUUCAGGCAAUAAGGGGGCGCAGUAUUUUUUCACCUGAUUUCUCUCAGAGAAAAAUGCGCCGUCGCCGUUCCGGAACGGCUCCGGCGUCUUUUUUUCUCGGAGCUAAUCUUGCUCACAUUUCACUACAGUCGCACGCCAUGGAUUGCAUGCAUAAUCCGGCUCUUUACAACUCGAACAAUUCUGACUAAUGGAAUACUUUAUUGCGCAGCCAUCAAAAGCAUGGGGCACCUCAAAAGCACAACGAACUCCGGUCUUGGUGCAAUCACACUUUCCACUACCGUUUCCGUAGGAGUCUAGCUCGCUCAAGCACACCCUAUUUUUCCAGAUGAGGUUGGAUUGCAUGUUCCUCUCGACACUUGAUCUGGGGAAACUGGCUUCUUGUGAGGAGCCGGUCCCUUUUGAACGUCACCUCUUGCACAAGGACUUUAGUGAUUCUGAAGAGUUUCUCACGUCACUUGUAGAUAUCAAGAUGGCGUGCCUUUUUGGUGUGGUCAACAAGUCUGGCGCCGAGGAGCUGCUGACGACCGGACGUUUCGGAACCGUCCACAUCGGAAUUUGCCAGAGCUCGAUGAACGAGGUCAGUUGGAAAAGAAAAGAAUGUGCAACGAUUGUAUUACUUUAUUAGAAAAGAUCACUGUCAUGUCAUUUCUAGCGGGAGAAAGUUAUGUACAAAGCGUGCUAUUGUAGGUUGCGGUGAAAGAGUACCAUCCAAAUUUCGAGAAGCUGGUCAUGUCGGCUAACAAGGAAGGUUCUCUAAUGAACCGCAUUCUCUUCAUCCAACACCCUGCCAUCGUGCAAACUUUCUCGGUAUACAGUGCCGAGUUUUGAGAAAGUACCGGAUAAUUUCAGGUUGCCCAGUUCCGUGACAUUUGCUACAGCGUCAUGGAGAAAGCGCAGACUACUCUCCAAGGUAAGAGGGGAUUAGCGUGUCUGUUCGCUUCUGACUUGCGAACCGAAUUAAUCAUAGUGCAUCGUGGUUGUAGUAUGUAUGUGAUUAUGAAAUUGUACGCUUCUGAUUUUGUCUAGUGCACUUUCUGAUUAGUCUACGAGCAAUACAAUUCAGAUGAUGUCUUUGAAAACGGCAAGUACGGCAAUGAAAAAGCAAAGGGAGUGACUGUGCAAAUCAUGGGAGCUCUGGAAUUUCUGCAUGGCCAGGGACUCGUUCAUGGAAAUCUCCAUGUAUGAACAUUCAACGUUUUCAACAGAUUUAUGUUUCAAUUCAGACGAGAAACAUUCUAAUUUUCGAGGGAGACGUCGUGAAGCUCUCCGAUCUCGCAUCUCAAGAAAUGCUCAGAUACAUGCCGUACAAUGACGUCCCGAUCGAGAUUCUCAUGUAUCUCGCUCCGGAACUCCAGUACGGUCCUGCCAAUAUCACCACUGCAACCGACAUGUGGGUACGUACAUCUGAACUUCCUGCAACAACAAUCAGAGAAAACAUUGGGUGAAUUUUCAGAGUCUGGGGAUCUGCAUGUUUUUGAUGGUGACUGGAAGAACUCCGUUCUGGUGUGACACUCGAGAUGAAUUUGAGAGUAUCAUCAAUAGGAUGAGAAUGUUCUGCUGUCCUCAUUAUCUGCAUCCGUACAUGCGCAACCUGCUCCAUCAGCUGACAAACUGGAACUACUUCACCAGAAUGACUCUGGAGAAAAUGAAGUCGCAUCCGUGGAUCACUGGUAUUGAACCUCAACCGGCUCCAGAAAAAGAUGAGAAACCGGUGGCUGAGCUGAACUUGGCGCUGGUUCCAACCCUGUACAAGGGCAUGGCUUCUUCUAACCUCAUUAUUCGUAAAAUAACCGACAAGAAAGUGGAACUGGAGCAAGCAAUCGAUCAAGCUCUGGCUGAGAGCGAUGGAGGCAAUGAGCCCGACAAGGACAAUGAGGACAACAAGGACCAAAACAACAUCGGAGGAGAUAAUAACGAGAAAAAGGGUGAUGGAAACGUCGAACAAGACGAUGACGAUGCGAAUAAGGGACCAGAGGUGAUCCCAGAAAAGAUUUACAAGACGUUCGGAGUGGUAAGAAUGACCCAGAACCUGGAAUUGAGAUUGAAAUUGACCAUUUCAGUACGUUUUUGAGAAUGUUCGCGAGGAAUGGGACUCGGAUAAUCUUCGCAUUGAGAGGUGCCAAUUGGUAAUAUUUUGCAAGGGACAUCCAGUAACCUUGUAAUAUUCAAUUUUCAGAUUUGCGGUGACCGUAUGGGAUUCUGCAUCCGUCUGGUCGUUCCUUCGCAAAUCGAUAAUCCGAAAAAGCCGUCUCUUCGCAGCUGCCUCGCAAAACGGUUCUUCAAAAAAAAGUUUGACGGACCAAUUCUCGAUUACGAGUUUGGAGAUUAUGCACCGAUGGUAAACAUGAAUUCGAAAACUAUAAAAGACCCUUUUCAUUAUUCAGCAAUUCCAUCGUUACAAAACUGGUUUGAUCCUUCCGUGCAACAUGCCGCCCUUCUCAACCGCUAGAGAAGCUCAAGACUACAUUUGUCACAAGGAGGCCAAGCGUCUCUGGAGAAUGCUGAAAGUGAGUGGAGAAGAAGUUUUAGCAUGUCUAGGGUCUUAAUUUCAGGUCUCGGUGUGCUGGGAGUGCCGCAAAGCCGGAUCCGAUGCGCUCCGUCAUGACGACGAGAUGUGCCUCUACAAUCUUCUCACCUUGGCCACCGAUUGCCCGGAGCGCGUUUAUUGUAGGAUCCUAAUAUUUCGAUUUCAAUUGUAGCAUUUGAAUUUUCAGACACGCACGAGGAGCGUCAUAACUUCCGUUUCUUCUCGCUUAAGUUCCGUCUGAGCGGAACUCGUGCGCCAGUGAUCACUCGUUUCGGAAGAGCCACGAAGAGAAUGGUGUUGGCUGGGUGCGAGAAGAUCGCCAAGGCUGUGCGCUCGGCUAUCAAGCAUUGA